GCUCAGCGACGCCACGCACAGCCCAAACAGCACUCGACUGUCUAGGCGCUUCCCACCAGUUCUUCAUCGUCGUCCCAGGGAGAGAGGCGGAUACACAGGAAAGUAACGUGGUUUGGGAACUCUUGGAAAUAUUCCAGGUACUCCUACCAUCAUGAUGGCUCUACAGAGAAUCAAUUCAUUGCUUGUUCUCCUGCUUCUGACCCUCCUGGGGCUGGGGCUGGGGCAGCCUUCCUUUAACCCAGAUCGCAUGUACCAACGCUUCCUGCGGCAACAUGUGGACCCCCGGGAGACAGGUGGCAGCGAUAGUUACUGCAACCUGAUGAUGCAACGACGGAAGAUGACUUCAUAUCAAUGCAAGCGUUUCAACACCUUCAUCCAUGAAGACGUCUGGAGCAUUCGUAGUAUUUGCAGCACCGCCAAUAUCCAGUGCAAGAAUGGCCAAAUGAACUGUCAUGAGGGUGUAGUUAAGGUCACAGACUGCAAGGAGACAGGAGGUUCCCGGGCGCCCAAUUGCAGAUAUCGGGCUGCGGCAAGUACCAGGCGCGUUGUCAUUGCUUGUGAGGGUAACCCAGAAGUGCCUGUGCAUUUUGACAAGUAGAUACCAUCCUGCAAGGGUUAUGGCCAGUGGUUGGCUUUUAGCUUACUCUGCAAAUAACCACAAGUAGUGUACUUGGCCUGUCCUAGGCUCUGUAUUCUCUGCACAUUUCUUAUUCCCUAUUUCUGUAUAAACCAUUCCAAUGGAUACAUGGCAUCAAAGUGAAAUGAAGACAUAAGCCUAUAAGUAGUCUGGGCUUUUCUAUAAUAAGCUUCUUUUUCUAUUACCAGUCAUUUUAGCUGAGACCCUAUCCUCUGAAAUUUAGUCAUUAAAUGUGUUUAGGAAGCCUCUCAAGCAUUCCAAAGUAUUUUCAUCUAGGAUAACUCCUUUUAGCAACAAAGCAUUGUUGUGAAUCUGCCAAUACAAUUAUAUAUAGAAGUUCAAGGUGAAGAGAUUUGCUAAGGACCAUGAAGUUAGUGGAAAGAGCUCAGACAAAAAUCCAGUUGAGUGGCUUACUCACCCUGGGCCUUUCUCGGUCCUCAAAGGGGAUGUUUCUUUUUUUAAGGGUUGUCUUUUUGCAUUCCUGAAGUCAGCUGUUGAGGGAAACAUUAGACCUUUGGAAAUUACAUACUGUCCAAAUGAGAGCUCUGUAGAAUUUGUCAUUGUAGCUAUGGUUGGACUCAGGAUACUACAAAUGUAAUAGAUGAUUAAGACCCAAUUAUUCUUCCUGAAUAAGUAUUUUUCAUGUUUUCUAUAUAAUAAAGAACUUAAACUGCA